AUGGCAGACGAAGAGAUUUGUUAAAAUAUUGCACUUGGAGAUGUAAGAGUAUUAUUUAUAUAAAAGUGUUCAAAUAAUGAUGCUCAACUAAGGGAAGCUUUUUAUAGUUAUCCCUCUUUCUAAAAUCUCUUUAAAUUAUAUAAUGAGAAAUAUUUAAAACUUGCUAAAUUUUUGGAAGAUGAUAAUAUUAAUUAAGAAGUAAAAAAGAUAUAGGAUGAAGGAGAAUUUAACUCAUAGGAUGAAUAUUAUGAAGCAAUCUAAAAAAUUGAAAAUAAUUUAAAGGAGAUUAAGGAUAUUCCAGAAUAGAAAUAAAUAUUCACUAUAAAAAUAGCUUAAUCAUUAAUUGAUGAAUAUUUUAAACAAUUAAAAAAUUGUAAACAUUAGUUAUUUGGUUUGAUUUAUAGUAGUAAUAAGAAUAAUGAGAAUAUUGGUCAUUUUUUGAUAAUGAAAAAUCAAUAAUCAGAAUCAAUUUUAAGUAAAUGAUUAUAAUAGAAUUAAUAUUUUUAGAUGUCUAAUCAGAAAAUGAAGUAACUAAAACAUUUAAAGAAAACGAGUUAACUAAAUUAUGUGCAAUAUUAGGAUGUGAUGAAUUCUUUAAUGAAGAAAGAGUGAAACAAGUAUCUUCUUUAAGUUUAAAAACAUAAUUAUACUUGUUGAAAUUUAAUAAUUUAACAGGGUUGAUAAGUUGUUAGAAUUACGUAAAUGGAGAGGCAUAAUAGAUAAAAAUAUAGGAUAUAACAGUGAAACAUUUUGAAGGAGUGAGAUAAUAUUGGAUAAAGUAAUGA